AGAGGUGCAGCAUACGAAAUUUAUUGCGCAGCUCUGCCUCUCACGCCUUUUAUUUAAGAGGCCACCCCCCGGGGUUUGGAAUUCUUUUCCCAACUCCGAAUUCUCCUGGUCAUUGGGCCUGUGAUCGGCUGAUCCCCUCCUCCUCAUCCCAUUCUCGCCGAGCUCCUGCCAAUCUCCGCUCGCGGCGCCGUCUCUUUCGGCUUCGGAAGCGGCGGCGGAGCAGAGAAUUCCGUUGGGUUUUAUCCCGACGCAGGACAACACCAUUGAUGCUUUGUCAAACUAGAUAAUAGAACUUGAUGGUAAAAUGAUACUGAGUUUUUGACACAGAAAAUGGUAGAAGACAAAAAUUCAUCACAAGAUACCGUACAGAAAAGUGGACAUAUCGUACUUCACAAUGUUUCUUUUGACAAGGAUGUUGUGGAGAUAAAAUUGGCAGAUGAUAUUGUUUCUGAUAAUUAUGGCGGUAAUUUUGUCAAGGAUGUCUGUGUUGAUGAAGGAGCACUACUUCAUCGGAUGACAUCAGAAGAAAAACCACUAGACCGAAGGUCAUCCCCAAAUUUCAGUUGCCAAAUGAUUGAUGCAGAUAGUAACGUAAGAUAUGGGAAGAAAGAUUAUUCUGGAAUAUCUGUACACGAACUAAAACCAGAAGUAGUUUCCCCUGUUGACUUUGCUCCUCAUUGUAACAACGAGAAACAGCACUCUUCUGGCAGAGAGUAUGAUCUUGAAGAUCGGAUUGAUACUGGUUUCGUUGCAGGCAAUCCUAGUGAGAAGAAGAUAAGUUUGCAAGAGUUACUUCUCCUUGAAAGUGCAGAAGAAUCCCGACAUUCAAGCACAAUAAACUCCGAGAGCAGUGAAAAGCAUAAGUGCCCUCUUCAUGAAGAAGCAAUUGGACAGACUUCCAAGGAUGGUGAUCCUAAUGUUCAGACUAUUUUGGCCAACACCAGUGAGUAUGUUAUUACUGGUAUAUUAAGUAAGGAGAAUGCCAGUGGUUGCCCCGCAACGACGAUGCCUGGAGACCAUGUUGCAGCUACAGCGUUAGAUGUGCGAGAGCCACAAAAAAUUGAUCGGUACAACCCUUUCGUUGAUCAUAGGUCACUGGAGGAUACAUCGGUACCUGAGUGCUCUAUACCAGGAAUCACAGAUGCUGCCUCCACUGAUUCCACCUGCUCUAUUCACAAUGAGACGGAUGGCACCGCAGGAUUAGAUGAAGUUGAAACAUCUGAACCAGGGGUGGAUACUCUUAGUAUAAGUAGUUCAGACAUUCAAUCAUCUGAAAAGAACAAUGAUCACAGCGAAAGUAUUUUUAGCAAGGCAAUCACUGGUGCAGUGGACGAAACCGCAGUUGCUACAUCUUCAACCCCCAACAGUGCUGAGCAUAGCGAUGCAUAUGGGAAGAAUCAAGAAAAACAUGAUGAGAUAGAUGAGGAGCACAGCAUAAGCACAGACGAUGCAGCCAGUAAGAGUUCUACUUCUACUACCCUUGCGCAAGAUGGCUCCGCGGUCGAACAAACCAUGCCUGAUAGCUCGACAUCAACAGCUCGCGUCGGCAAUGAAAAUACCUACGAACCGAACUUCUCUGGUCCCAGUAUAAUGUCAGGCCCAGUAUCGAGGUCAGGUCAUAUAGCUUAUUCUGGGAGUAUCUCUCUCCGGUCAGAUAGCAGCACAACUAGCACCCGGUCCUUUGCCUUUCCAGUAUUGCAGAGGGAGUGGAUCAGCAGCCCCGUGAGGAUGGCAAAGGCAGAACGGAGGCGCAGCAGACGGCAUCGUGUCUGGAGGAAAGGAAUUAUCUGCUGUAAAUUCUGAUUGAUCAUGGCGGCCAGCCUUGGGAUCUUAUUUUCCCCCGAAAUGUGCUUUGAUGCCAUGCAGAAAGAAAACGUCAUUGAGGGGGCCUAUUUGGAUCGGCGAUGGUAUUUCCUUGGAAAGUUUGAGAGCUAGCCAGAGGCUGAACAUUCCAACGAAAUACCACAGUCAUCCAAACCGUUGGCGCUUUCUCGUUUGCAUGCCGCAUACACCCUGCUCCUUUAUUGGUUCAGGAGCAGGUCUGCACUCUGAUUUCGUAGUGGCUUGAGUGAUGAGAAGGUAUAUAGCUGUAGCGUAGUGACGGUGCUUUUUUUUUCCCUCCUCCGAGAAUAUGCUUGGUACGUUUUUCAUUCAUUAUUAAUUAUUAAUUAAGGUAGUACUAGUAGUGAUCACGCUUGGUAGAGGUGAUGAUUAGUUUUUGUACAUCCUUUGGUGGAUAAAAUUAAAUUAAAUGCUGUGGAAAUUCGUUCCACUGGUCGA